CACAGAGCACUGCAAAGCACCACAGCUUGGAAGCAUGAGCUUCUUUUUUUUUUCUUCUCUCCAAAAAGUUUUCAGGAAGUCUGGGGGAGGGGCAAUACCGUUUCUUUUUUGUUAUAAUGGGCCCCUUUGUGGAGAUGGGAGAGGAAAGAGCUGCGUGCCUGCGUUGUGCAGGCUUUGCCGUGAUUCCCAGGGCAGCUUCUCUGUGCUCCUAACAGGCACUGGGCCUCCGUGUGGGGAGAGUGGAGAGGGACUGGGCCGGGAUGGAGCUGAUGGUUCUGCUCAACGCUCUUGUUACUCGCCUGCUGUUCGUGUUGCACUCCCUCAUCGGGGUCUGGAGAGUGACUGAAGUGAAGAAAGAACCCAAGUACUGGCUGCUGGCACUGCUCAAUCUUCUGCUUUGCCUGGAGACAGGGCUCACGCUCAAGUUUAAGCAAGGCAGAGGCUACAAAUGGUUUUCUCCAGCAAUCUUUUUGUAUCUGAUUUGCAUAGUACCAUCAUUAUGGCUACUGGAAAUUCACCAUGGGACACAGUAUUGCAGUAAUGAGCCUGAAGCUGUUCAGUUGAAUGUCACCAAUCAAGAUAUCAGUCAGUCUCCAGAGAUCAGUGAGGGAAGCGAGAGAAUAGAUCACCACAUCAUUCGGACGGCUAAAGUCUUUGUGAAUCAGCUCUCCACAAUCUGUGAGACUGUAUGGACCCUGGCUCUCCACCAGACCUUUCUACUACUUCUAGUAGUUGGGAGAUGGCUUCUCCCCAUUGGGGUUGAAAUCACCAGGGACCAGUUGUCCCAGCUGCUUCUCAUGUUUGUAGGAACAGCAGCAGAUAUACUUGAAUUUGCUAGUGAAACCCUGGACAUUGAGGAUGUGCGGAAGAAUUAUAUUCUCAUAAAUGCAAUUCUCGCUGUAUGGACCUGGAGUAUGUUACAGUUUCCACUUGAUCUUGCAGUACAGCAUAUUGGCUGCAAACCAACUGCAUCGAGCAGGCAGAUCCCUAGCCUGCUGCUGUGCAGGUAUAGCGCAGAGCUGUGGAACAUCGGGGUGAGCUUGUUCAUACAGGAUGGUCCCUUCUUCAUUGUGCGUUCAAUCCUGAUGGGCCAUUUUCGAAUAUUCAACCAGAUGCUGGUGUUUUUUACAGCUAAGAAUAUCUUAGUUGUGAUCCUACAACUGUAUCGCUUGGCAGUGAUAACGUUAGACUUUCGCACUACUAUUCUGCAAAAGAGCAGGAAGGGAGAAGUUGGCUGUUGCCCAUGUGAGCCUUAUGAAGCCACUACUCAUGGUACUGCUGAGCAGGUCGCCGAAGUGAAAGAGUGUGUUGCUUUGCCACUGAAAGAGGAACCCCAGGCUCCGUUGGAAGAGCAGUAAGCACCGUGAUUGACUCAAGACCAGUUUCACCUGGUUCAGAAGGGCCUAUUUGUAUGGUGAAACUCACUUUGAGCACAACUCAUCUCUUCCACUAAGAGAUUAAUAAUUUCUCCUAAACUGUAGGGGAAACUUCUGAAGAAAAAAAAAAAAAUCAUAGAAGUGGGACAUUUUGUAUCCCAUUGGAUUGUGUGGGUUUUUGACCAGUUCCCUACUAUAUUAUUUGCAGGGAUUUUGUAGUCAUAGUUGGUAGUAGCAAGAAAGGUUUGGCACACUAACAAAGUUGAUUAUAACCUUUGGUGGCACUUUGCUAAUGUAUGUACUUGCCUGUAUUCAGAUAGAAGGAUAAGCCUAUCCCAAUGGAACAGAGGAAGCAUAGAAGCAUUUAGCCCUACUUUAGUGUUCGGGCUACAGCUGAGAUGAAUGUUAUGAUCACUGUGCAUAGCAGCAGCUACAGCAGCAACAACUGCAGAUAUUCAAGGGAAUGGGCAUAACAAAUUCCUCCUGUUACCAUGACAUCUAAACACUGUUCAUUCAGAAAAGUUAGGAAAAGCUUCAGAGUGUUACCCCAUUUCUGGCUAGAUUUUCAGUAUAAAAACGACAAAACACCAUGAAAUGUCACAAAAAAAAGACUGUCUUUUAGGAUCUGCAUAGUCUGAAUAAUCUAAACUUUACAAAUAAAUAGACAUAUUAAAAACA